UUAAAAUGGCUGCCUCCAUGAGGUUAUCGUGCCGUUUCGGUGCCGGGAAGGCUACUUAAAUCAGGAUUUCCACCCGCCGACUUCAAGGAAUUUAUAAAGCGGUAGUAGUCCUAACAAUUCUGCUCUGCGGCAGGACGAAGAAAAUUCCAAGAAGGAGCGUUGCAGAACGUGAGGCGCGCAUAAAUACGAGAGGUGGAGUGGGGAGAAGCAGGGACAAAUAGGUUGGAGGACUGGAGUAGGACUUGAUACUGUAACGGUAUAGGCAGAGGGCGAUGAUUAAAACUGUAGUGGGACCUGCUUGUACGUUGUACCGAUAUAAUUUGGGGGCAGCCAGGGCCGCGUUGGUGACUUUGGCUUCUUGGAAGGGAUGAUGCGCCCCGUGUUGUUGCUGUCGCUUUGCGCUAAAAGUUGCUCCCGGAUACUUGUCCAGUUCUGGGCCGAAGGUGGGGGAAACCCCAGGCAGGGGCGACGUCUCUUCUCCGGCUCUCCGUCGCCUUCUUCGGCAUCCCAUUGGAGCAAAGUGGUUUCGGAAGCCGAGAAGAUUGUGGGCUACCCGACCUCUUUCAUGAGCCUCAGGUGCCUCUUGAGCGACGAGCUGAGCAACAUCGCCAUGCAGGUGCGCAAAUUGGUGGGAACCAAACAUCCGUUGCUUAAUACGGCCAGGCGCUUUGUGUCUGAUAGCAGGAACAAUUUGCAGAUGAGAGGCCUGGUGGUUUUACUUGUGUCUAAGGCUGCUGGCCCCAACUUGUCAACAGAAAGCUCCAUUCAGAAUGACAUUGUCAGUGGGAUAUAUUCCAGCCAACGAGCUCUUGCAGAGAUCACAGAGUUGAUCCACACAGCUUUCCUUGUGCAUCGUGGAAUAGUAAAUAUUGGUGAACUGACAUCCUCAGAUGGAGCAUUGAAAGACAUGCAGUUUGGAAAUAAAAUGGCUGUCCUGAGUGGUGAUUUUCUUCUAGCAAACGCCUGCACAAGCCUUGCUCAGCUGCAAAAUACUAAGGUGGUAGAGAUUAUGUCAAGUGCCAUUGGUGAAUUAGUACAAGGAGUAUAUUAUGAAAAUUCAAGCUUGACAAAGGUAAAUAUUCUUACGGAUGACAUCAGAAUAUCAGCUUGGAAAGAGCAAGUUUUCCUAUCUCAUUGUGUCUUGCUGGCAAAGAGCUGCCAGGCUGCAAUGGAACUGGCAAAACAUACUGCGGGAAUUCAGAAUAUGGCGUUUAAGUAUGGAAAGCAUGUGUCUAUGAGCCACAAGCUAAAUGUUGAUAUUCAGCCGUUUAUUAAUGGAAAUUCGAAUGAUUCCCUGGCAUUUAGUUUAAAUUCUGCUCCUGUAGUAUUCCAUCAAGAAUUGGUUGGAAGAGAAAUCUGGAUUAAGCAAAUUAAAGAGGCUCAAGGCAAAGGAGACUUAAUAGACUAUAGCAAGUUGCAAGAUGCAAUCAAGGCUGGCAAAGGUGUGACUUCAGCUAUUGACCUAUGUCGUUGCCAUGGAAACAGUGCACUGGAAGCUCUAGAAUGUUUCCCUCCCUCCGAGGCCAGAUCUGCCUUAGAAAACAUUGUUUAUGCUGUGACAAGAUUUUCAUAAUGUAGAAUUGAAAAAAAGAAAUGGCUGUUCAUUUGUGGAAACAAGCACAGGUGAUUGUGCAGAUCAGAUCUGUCAUUGCUAGGGAUCCAAAUGCAUUUGUGGCUUUUAAAAAAAAAGUGUUUCUGUUCCAUUCAGUACAUUCCCAGAUGAACACAUCUCCUUCGGAACUGCUACAAACAAAAUUAGGGGAAAAAAGGUCAAACAGUUUUCAGUUGUCAUGCCAGAAGCACACUUGAGGCUGCACUGGUAGAAAUAAUUAAUGACACCAGCUUCUGUGACCUCAGCAAAUGGACAGGAAAUAAGUCCUUAUUGAUUGGGCAGAGUCAGGGAUGGCGCCAGCAUGGUGGCCUGUGGCUUUCCUGCAGCAGGGAAGACAGAGGGGGCCAUGAAGCUGCAGGUGCUGGGAGCAGUGGUUUCUCAAUCUACCAGAAAGCAGGGUGCUUAGAAGUAGCAUCAAUGUAGCAAUUUGUCAACACAAAGGGCAGCUUAUGAAUUGGCAGAAAGGAAAGGAUUUUUAUCUGACUACAUGACAUGUUUCCUUAGCAGUUUCUCUGUGCAUUGAAAUAUAAAAUAACCUUGUACCUAAUGUGUUUAAAGACUGCUGAAAGAGCAAUGUUGAGUAUGGAAAGCGCUUAUAGUCAUGUUGAAUGUUCUGUUUGUGAAAUUUUCAGUCUGAUUUAAAAAUGGAGCUUUAAACUGUGUUUUCAUUUUCUAUAUCAUGCAAAAGCAGAUAUUGUAUUUUCUUACAUUUACCAAGAAAUUUACUCAGUUUUCAUUUUUGCCAAAUAAAUGUUACUUCAAUCGA